GGAUGUGGUGUGGAAUUAUUAAACAAGAAGUUUGUUUAAAACCUAAUAAAUUAUUCUAAUAUAAGUUUAUGACUAUAUAGUAAUGAUUCAAGAAAUUGAAUUAGACAUAGAUUUAUCAAAAGUAUCUUUUUGGGCAUCGGUCCAAAUUUUAUUGAAGAAACCCCAUGUAGUAAAUAAAAGAGUAUGGGGAAGUAAGAUAUUAGAAACAAAAAAUUGUAUAUUUAAACAGGAUUCUUUGCAUACGGCUUUACAAAAUUUGAAACUUGAUGAUAGUUGUAAUGUUGUGAACUUUUUUAACGAACUACAUUCUAUUGAAUACAACAAUUCGUCAGACCCUAACUCUGAAUUAGAAUUAAUUUUAAUAGAACUGUUCCCUAAAUGUUAUGAAGAUAACCAUGCAUAUCAGUUAGUUGUCCUUGAUGAAGACAAUGCUAAUAUACAUUUUUAUGAUGUUACAUGCAAAGAAGCUGAACAAAACAUAUGCCCUAACUUUCCAUAUAGUUUUACGCUCAAGAAUAAGAAAUUAGUAUUGAAAACUUAUUCUGGUAAUUCAAAAUCUACAUUAUGGUUGAAAGAUGUAGUAUUAAAACAAAUUGUAAAAUGGGCAGAAGAAACUGACAAUGAUAAAUCAAAAAGCAUAUGUACUGAAUCAUUGAGCUUAAUAGAUACAGAAAAAUAUUAUGUUAAAUAUAAUGACUUAAAAAUCAAAUAUGGGAAAGAAUUAGUAAAGAUAUGGCCCGAAUGUACAGAUCCUGCCAAAUUUGUAUAUGAAGACAUUGCAAUAGCAACAUACCUCUUACUAUUAUGGGAGAGUGAUACUGAAGAAACACAAUAUUUUGUUGAUGUUGGAUGCGGAAAUGGAUUAUUGGUGUACAUACUCACCAUGGAAGGUCAUAGUGGUACCGGUGUUGAUGUCCGUAAAAGAAAAAUUUGGGAUAUGUACCCAAAAAAUAUAGAACUAGAGGAAAAAACCAUCACACCAUCAGAUAUAUAUAGUUUUCCAGAAGCCACAUGGAUAAUUGGCAAUCACUCAGAUGAACUUACUCCCUGGAUACCAGUGAUUGCAGCUUGCAGUUCAUAUAAGUGUAGAUUCUUCCUGCUCCCCUGCUGCGCCUUCAACUUUGAUGGAACUAAAUAUAAAAGACAUGAUUCUUCAAAAAGUCAAUAUACUGAAUAUUUAGAGAACAUUAAGUCCCUCUGUGAUGAUUUUGGAUUUCAAACACAGUUUGAUAGACUAAAAAUUCCUAGUACCAAAAGAAUUAGUCUUAUUGGUCAAAAAAGAAUUUAUGAAGAAACAGAAUAUAGUGCCCACUGUGUCUAUAUCCAGAAAUUUCUUGAUGUAGCAUUAAGAAAUAAUGAAGAAGCAAAAGAGUUUAAAACAAGGGAAAAGGUGGAAAGAGUAAGAAAUUGUACUCAGAUUGAUAAAACUGUAAUUGACUCUAUAAUAAUAUAUGUAACCAGCCAUAUGUUGAAAGAUUAUGAAUUCAUUUCAAGUUGGAGCACAGGGAAACAAAUAAAAAUAUCUGAUAUUGUAAAACUUAUACCGGAUGAUAUGUUAAAAAUGCUAAAAUCAGAAUGUGGUGGUUUACAGACUCUGUUAAGAAAUAAUCAUCAUAUAUUUCAAAUUGUUAAUGGUAAAGUUCAGUUUAGAUAUCCAAAAACAAUUGAUGAAGUAAACAAAUCUAUGAAAAAGAAAAAUAAGGAUAAAAAUAUCAAGAUGCAGGUAAAGAGGUGCUGGUUUUUUGAUAAUCACCCACAAGGAUGCCCGUUAGAUGCCAAAGUUUGCAGUUUUUUACAUGUUUUAACAUAAUAAUAAAUAAAAGAAAAUAUUCAAAUAAUUGAUUUAUUAA